UUUUACGACUGUACCUUAUCUAUACUUCAGCCCCGAAAUACAUCCUGUCAAUCGAUUUCACAAACCACAAUGCAUCCUGCCCACCAUGAUCCCCAGAGUAAGCUAGUACACAAACAACCUCCGGUGAACCCCACUCAACCUCGAACUCCAGUCGGAUCCAUGAUCAUGGAUUACAUAAAGCCCUUGCGCCCCCACAAGCCCAACAAUGGCGUCAACCAAUCUCGCCCGUCCGAAAACCAACCCAGGUUUUGACAUCGUAACCCAUUGAGCCUCAGCUGAACCACCACAUCCAUCCAUCUAGAUAUCUAGACUAGACCCCUCUCCGCUCCAGACAAGAUGCCCGACAAGGACGCAGGUACCCCGCGGGUCUUCCUCUACCGCCACGGCGAAACCGAAUGGUCCAAAAGCGGCCGCUACACCGGCACCAGCGAGAUCGAGCUGACCGCCGACGGGAUCAAGCAGGUGACCGCGUCGGGCAAGAUCCUCGUGGGCGCGGGCAAGCUGGUGGACCCGGGCCGUAAGCUGGCGCGGGUGUUCGUCAGCCCCCGGCGGCGGGCGGUGCACACCUUCGAGCUGGCGUUCCCCGAGGCCGACAGGCAGGCGCUGCGGGCCGCCGGGAAGGUGCAGGAGAACGACGAGCGGUUGGCCGAGUGGGGGUAUGGGCUGUAUGAGGGGUUGUUGACGAAGGAGAUCCGGGCCCUGCGCAAGGAGCAUGGGUUGGAUGGGGAGCGGGAGUGGGAUAUCUGGCGCGAUGGGUGUGAGGGGGGCGAGUCGCCAGAGGAUGUGACGGCUCGAAUCGAUAGUCUGAUUGCGGAGAUCCGUGAGCUGCACCGUGGGAAUAUGCAUGGCGAGCAGCCUGCCGAUGUGGUGCUUAUUGCCCAUGGGCAUACGCUGCGCGCGUUCACGAAGCGCUGGUUGGGUUAUCCCAUGGAGUUUCCUUUGUCUAUGAUGUUGGAGCCGGGUGCGGUUGGGGUGCUUAGCUACCAGCACCAUAGCAUCGAUGAGCCGGCGUUUUUGGUCGGCUAUGGGUUUCCCUUGGAGCAGUGAGGGAUGCGGAUGCACUGGCUCGGUGGUAUGCUCACCGAUUCAUGGAAGAAAGAUUUCAAUACCUGGGGCGAAGAUUCUAGGUCAUAUGGUUUUGGAGGGGAACGCUGGAUUUGGGAAUCCGAGGCCACGGGUAGACAAAAAGAAAAUAGAACUAGAUUUCAAUGUGAUGAGGAAGAUGGAG